CCGCCGGCGGUGAGAGCGGCGCCGUCGGGCGGGACCGGAAGUGACGCAUCCCGGACGUCGCUGAGGCGUGAGGGGAGGCAGCGGCGGGCGGCGAGCGGCGGCUGGUUGUGAGCUGGUUGUGAGCAAUUGUGUACCAGAAAUAUGGCUACGGACUGGCUUGGAAGCAUCGUGUCAAUUAACUGUGGAGAGAGCUUGGGAGUCUACCAGGGGCGAGUGUCUGCUGUGGAUCAGGUCAGCCAGACCAUCUCCCUUACGCGGCCCUUCCACAACGGGGUUAAAUGCCUCGUGCCAGAAGUCACUUUCAGGGCAGGUGACAUUACUGAGCUGAAGAUUCUGGAGAUCCCAGGGCCAGGGGACAGCAGACAAUGUGGGGACUUGCAGCAGGCAGACACAGGCAUCCCUGGGGUUGGUUGCCAAGUAGGGCCCAGCCAGAAUGGCACUGGGAAGAUGUUUAAGAAGCCCUACUCCAGCAGUGCCCCACAGAACAUCCCCAGGAGGACAGACAUGAAGAAUCAGGAUAUUAUCAUCUCCCCACAGCAGCAGUGCUCCAAGAGCUAUAUGGAUCGGCACAUGGAAACGCUGAAUCAAUCUAAAGGCUUUCGUCGAAGGCAUAAUUCUUGGUCAUCCAGUAGCCGCCAUCCAAACCAGGUGACUCCAAAGAAGAGCGGGCUGAAAAACGGGCAGAUGAAGAGCAAAGAUGACGAGUGCUUCGGGGACGACAUUGAUGAAAUCCCAGACACUGAUUUUGAUUUUGAAGGGAACCUGGCCCUUUUUGACAAGGCAGCUGUGUUUGAGGAGAUUGAGACUUACGAGAGGAGGAGCGGCACCCGUUCCCGUGGGACCCCGAAUGAAAAGCCAGCUCGCUAUCGGCACGAUGAGAACAUCUUGGAGUCAGAGCCCAUAGUCUACAGACGGAUUGUGGUACCCCAGAAUGCUAACAAAGAAUUCUGCACGGACUCCGGGCUGGUUGUGCCCAGCGUGUCGUACGAGCUUCACAAAAAGCUGCUGUCAGUUGCUGAAAAACAUGGGCUGACCCUGGAGCGGAGGCUGGAGAUGACAGGAGUGUGUGCAAGUCAGAUGGCUCUGAGCCUGCUCGGGGGACCCAACAGGCUGAACCCGAAAAAUGUACAUCAGCGGCCCACGGUAGCCCUGCUGUGUGGCCCCCAUGUGAAAGGGGCCCAGGGGAUCAGCUGUGGACGGCACCUCUCCAACCACGACGUCCACGUCAUCCUUUUCCUGCCCAAUUUCGUCAAGAUGCUGGAGUCCAUUACCAACGAGCUGAACCUCUUCAGCAAGACACAAGGCCAGCAGGUGUCCAGCGUCAAAGAUCUCCCCGAUACCCCUGUUGACCUAGUGAUCAACUGCCUGGAUUGUCACGAAAAUGCCUUUCUGAGAGAUCAGCCUUGGUACAAAGCAGUUGUGGACUGGGCCAACCAGAACCGGGCACCCGUCCUCAGCAUAGACCCUCCCAUAAGCGAAAUGGAGCAGGGCAUUGAUGCCAAGUGGUCGCUGGCCUUGGGGCUACCCCUGCCCCUGGGUGAGAGGGCAGGGCGUGUGUACCUCUGUGACAUUGGCAUUCCCCAGAAGGUCUUUCAGGAAGUGGGAAUAAACUACCACUCACCCUUCGGCUGCAAAUUCGUCAUCCCCUUGCAUUCCACUUAGAGCCCAUCCAGCCACGUGGACCUGAAGGAAAAGAAGAGAGGAGGAGUUGUGUCAAAUAAGCUGUCCAGUGGAACCUGACUGGUAAACAGGCAUCACAAGCCUUAAGGAUGUGAAGUUCUGGAGUGAGUUUCCUUCCAGAAGAAAUAUUAUAUUAAAAAAGAAAAAAAAAAAAGUCAUAAAAUGGAACAGAAAGAAGGAAGCAAAUGUAACUGCAAAGCUGUUUUCAUUCUCUUGUGCCAUUGUGAGAAGGAACACGCAGAAAAGUGAUAUCUGCCCCUGGCAAUGGCAGCGGUUGCUGCUGAAACCUGCCAGGGGAUUAUAUAGCAUAGGGAUAUGCAUGGGAAUGUUCUGGUACAAGCGAUGGGUGGUGUGGAGGCUUGGGAUGCAUUUCCAAUCCUUCUGGGCAGAUGGACCCAGCAAACUGUCCUGGUGGGAUCAGCUCCCCUGGGUUGUGUAGAAAUAACCUUUCUUUUUUUCUUUUUCCCUGCAGUUGUAGUGGGAGGUUGGAUUUGAUUUUUGUUCUGUUCUGUUGGAUUCCCCCUCCCUGUUCUUUGUUCAUGAAGGCAAUAGUAGCUCCAUCCCUUCAAGGAGAGAGUUCCCUCAUCAGAAAGCUCAUAUCAGGAGCCAGAAGCUCUCAGGCAGCACAUGCUCCGAGAGCACCAAUGUCCUCAGCUAGGCCUUAUUUGCUUAUGUAUUCUCUUGGCUGUUUGUUUGUUUCGGGGGAACGAGUUAUGUUAUGGUAAAGAACUUUUCCAGAGUGUUUUGGUUUGUUUGGUUUGUUUCUUUGUUCCCUUUAUUUCUGGCACGGUGAGUGGCUCAACAGGGGGAAGCACAGUGAAGCAGGGUAGUGUUGCUCUGACUGUGCUGUAUGGUGCAGGUGAUGUGUUGAUGUGUCCCCCUACAGUGUUUCUAGUGUCUUUCCCAUGCACCAUGUGGUUGUUCACACAUCUGGUCAUUCCCUUUGGGCACAAAGGCUGUGUGUGAGGGUGGCUGUGCACACCUGGGUACUGGGUAUACUGGAAAGAAACAACCCCUGGCCUUCAAGAGUGCCCUUGGGUCACAGUGGGCUGCGUACCCAGUAGUGACAGGUAGGCCACAGCAUUACUGUGUGGUUACACAGAGGUGGGAAUGGAUGUGGAGUCUGUCCCCCUGUGCCCACUGGGGACCUGGAGUGAGGGUCAGUUCUGCCCUCUGUGCCCAGACUAAGGUGACACAGGAGACACCAGACAGAUGCCAAACUGGGGUCCUUGGCUCCCUUCCUGCUUGCUCUGUUCUCUUGGGGCCUUACCUGCCCUCAAAGCUUCUGCUGAUCCUAAACUUGUCAUGCAGCCUGUUCAAGCAGCUGUGGAAGACUUCAGAUCUUCACACAGUGCCUUUUCUCUAGAGCAGCUGGAUUCUGUUAGGCUGAAGCAUGAGCACAGCUGCCCUGUGUGUGGGAACAGUUCUAGCUGUGCUGUAUCUCUGUUUGUCCUGCCCACCGCAUGUUGAUCCCUGUGUGCUUUGCAUAUACAGAUCAGGCGCUUCUUUUUACCUUUCAUCUGCUGAGAGCAGAGGCUGAGGGGUAUCAGAGGCAGAGGUAAAAGACUUUGCUGGUUGAAAGGGAGCAGUUGAGUAAUUAAUUUGCCAGGAAGCUUAGAUCUGAUGCUGGAUGUGGGGAGAGCAAACUUCAGGCCUCCCUCAGAGGAUCUGCUUCUGAAGGCAUUGAGGUCCAUCAGUGAUAGUCACUUCGUAAGGGCUACUGCCUCUUAAGAGCACAGGAGCAGCUGAUUCCCAAGUGGCAGACGUCAAAGAAGUGAGGCAGAAGGCUGGCUUGGCUCUAAGCAGGGAUCUUUUCUGCAGCUUAAGUGGGAAAAGAAGGAAAAUAUACAGACACUGGAAGAGAGCUGAGGAGAUCCAUGCAGCCAAAGCUCAGUUAGAGUUGAAGCUGGCCAAUACUGUGGGGGACAACAUAAAGGGCUUUUUAAAAUAUGUUAACAGCAAAAGGUUUGUUACUCAGUAAGGAUGGUUGCCUCACAAACAGGAACACAGAUAAAACAGUGGCUUUUAAUGCCUUCUUUGCCUCUGUCUUCUACACUGAUUGGGACCCUAGGAGCACUGUGCCUGCAGGAACAAUGAACUCCCAGCAGACCCCCAAAUAGUGUGGGAUUGGCUGCUCCAGUUGGAUGCCUUGAAGACUGGGGCCCAGUGGGAUUCAUCCCAGGAUGUAACAAGAAAUGGCCAAUGUCACUCUGAGACCUCUCUCAAUUGUAUUCUAGUGGUGUUGGGAGUCUGGAGACAUUCUAGUUGAUUGGAAACUGCAAAUGUUGCCCCAGUUGUCCAAACUGGCAGGAGGGGAGACCUUGUAAAAUGAACAGUCCUAUAAUUACCUUUAGAGCCUGGUAAAGCUGGAGGGAAGAUAAUACUGGGAGUUCUUGGGGGGAAAAAAGUGCUUGAGAGACAACACGGUCGUUGGUUGCAGCCAGCAUGUAUUUAUGGGGGGGAGCGGCCAGUUUAAUGAACUCAAUUUCCUUUUAUGACAAGGUUUCCCACCUAGUUAACCAUGGGUAGACUGAUUCUAAGUGCUGUGUGAUGGGGGAAGACUUGCCAUAUCUACCUCAGCAGGACCAAGGGCUCUUCUCUCUCGGACCCUGGUUCCCCCAAGCUGCUUUCCCUGCUGGCAGUGGGACUCCUGAGCUGCGUACGCCAGGCAGACUGAGCUUUGUGAGUGGUCAGUGCUCUGAGCAGCUGUUGCUCUGCCCUUGGGUGAGCAGGAAGGGCUAAGCUGAAGCUCCCCAUCCUCAGGAGAGCCAUGUUUCAGCUUGUUCUGUAGUGGCACUUACCAGGCUGUGGCUCUGACUUGGCUGCACAGGGCAGUGGUGGGGUUGGCUUUUGGAAAAGCCUUGCACUUGUAAUUCUUGUUUCCUUAGAGGUUUCAGCUACAGCUUAUCUUUAUCUGCAGAGCAGCAUCUGAGUUAAGAGGGCGGGUGGUAGUUCCCUGGCUGUUGGUUUAGUACUUCAUUAGGCAUAAUCCCUGUAUUUUCAAUUCUCUUACUCAAGGCACUUCUUUUUAAAUGAGGCUGCAAGCUUUUCUUGGCUCUUCUGGGUUGGCAGUUAAACUGUGGAUUGCACAUGCAGAGCAGCAAUGGUGCAGAACCAUUCAAGACUUAAAUCACAGGAUCCUUUCCUGCUGCUACGCUGUUGUGCUAUUGGCUGAAGCUAAAUGCCCAGUAGGGCACUGAACCAGGUUAAAGACAUUAUUGCAGGGAUAGCAGUUGGCAUCAGGCCUGUGGUCACUGCUGUGUGGCUUCAGGAAGCACCCAGGCCCAUGCAGCAAUAGGGUACCUCAACUUUAAGCAAAAAAUAAAGUCGAUAGUGCUACAUAACAGUGCACAGGGCCCCAGGUAUGGAAGAUGAUUUCCUAUUCCUACUCCUGUGCUGUGUUUAGGGCACAAUGAAGGGUUUGGGGCUGUGUUCUGCACUGCUGACCUUUACCCUGCACUUUGCUUUCUGAAAGUGAGAGCACAUCUGGGUGUUUGGCUGUACUUUCUCUCGGCUACAAAGGCUUAUUUGAGGAAGGAAGUAUGGGUCUCGCCCACAUGAAAUGCAUCUUCCUUGCAAGUGUGUGCUCUGCUGGAGCACUCUGCAAGACCCAGGAGGGCCAGAUCCCUUGGUUUCCUCCUUCCCUCACACUGCCAUUGCAACACAAAGAAUGCAACACCAUUUCUUUUAUAAAACGUGUUGGAGAUAAGUUUCUACCUUCACAACCAUCAUAGGAACUGCCUGCGAGUGCUUCUGUGGUCACGACCACGUGAAGAUCACUGCACUGUGUCACUGCUCGAUUCCAUUUGUGACCCAAUGUUUGUAAUGACUAAUUCCUGCUGCUGUUGCGGGAUGCCCUGAAAUAAACUGCAACUAUUCACA